UUUUGUCGAAAAAUAAGAAUUCUUUUGCGUUUAACCGAUUCCCUAAGCUGAAAAGUGCUUGCAACUCUAAUUGUUUCGGUCAAAUUGAAACUUUGUUAUCCUACGUAUAUGGACGGGAAAUAUAACCUCAAGCAUUUCAAAUUAACGCAAAACAUUAAAGAUAUUUUCCUGUUUCUAAUAAAUAGGAACUACACGUCUGGAAGAUAAAAAAAAAUUCCAUGUAUUAAAAAAAUUAUAUUUUUUGCACUUCAAUUUAUCUGUCACGGAAUUAUUAAAAUGCAAUGAGUGGACAGUCCAUUAUAAUACAUUCUUCCAAGAUUGUACAGUGUGUUGUAAAAUAAAAAAAAAAAAAAAAUGCGAAGAAGUGCAUGAAAUCUUAACUAAGAAUGUGCAAAAAAUGAAUAUAUGCAUGUAUAAGAAUAACACGGGCGUGUGCCGAGAAAUUUAGUGAAAAAUUCUAGUUAAAUAAAUAUUAUAUAUUGAAAUUAGAAAAAGAGAAAUGUGUUAAACUCAGGAUUAAUUUGAUAGCAAAUAAUAUCAGUGCACCGAUGCAUUUACGUCUAAGCUUAACCCGUUACGAUGCUUUAGCUAAUGAAGUGGAGAAACAGUUGGAAUUGGACGUGAUGCAGCGUACACAAGUCGCUCCACUGUUAGCAGGUCGCGGAACUUGGACGAAAAGAGUUGUAUUAUGGUCGGUAUUAUUAAUACAAUUCGGUUUCAUUUUAUGCUUUUGGUUAUUGCAAUUCGGAUUGAGUGAUAACCUCAACAGGAUUGAGGGCACUUUCACCAGAGAACAAGAAGAACAACAAAGAGUAAAUUUUAUAAAGGCGGAGAGCUUAAGAUCGGCCGACAACAGUGCCAAUGCGACGCAGUUUGUAUGGCCAUCCAGAGAGGUUGGAUUUCACAAAGAGUUCGUAUUGCAGAAAUUAAAUGGAAAUAUUUCUGAAUCUGAACGGUUAAUAUUUGGUGAAACAACGUUAUGGUGUUUUCGUGAUGGUAUCCAAAACGAAACUUUCAAGUUGAAAAGCGACAAUGAAUCGGAAGAUUUGCUCGAUGCUGGCGAAAAUCAUUGUAAAUGUUCAUCUGAGUGGCAUGGACGCGAUUGCGGGCAACCUGAGGUUAUAUGGAGAGCUUUAAUGGCUGCCAAAACCAUCUUUAAGCUUAAGGAUCCCAGCCGGGAUGAAUGCCAUCGAUUAGUGUAUAUGAUUGAAGGUCAAUUUUUUAGUCUAGAUUUGCUGGAAAUGCAAGUGAAAGGUGUCGAAAGAGUUAUUGAUUAUUUCAUCAUAUUCUUUAAGCGCAAUCCAGUUUCUAUAAACGACUUAAAGUCUUUGCGACGCCAUUUGAAACAGAUCUUACCUCAAAACAAUUUUAUGUUGUUCCACUGUCAACUAAUGCAACAUAGAAAUUGUUCCAGCGCUGCCGCGUAUCACCUAUUCCGUCAACAGCAACUUAGCAGCAAUGUGAUUAAAGGCACCGAUCUCUUUAUUUACACCGACGAUCAUACCUUAUUAGGACAUAAAGCUUUAAAUUUUUUCAAGUACUAUGUCAACGAAGUCCCAACGACAGUCUUUCGUUUAAAGUUCAAUGUUUACGGUUUUUAUUGGCAGCACCCUGACUUAACCCAUCUGAAUGGCAUUAUCAGCUCUUUUAGUCAUCUGGAUAAUAUUCAGGGAGAGAUUGCCGCUGAUCUUGCUCUUUUGCAAAAUAUCCAAAACUUUCCACUUGUUAUAGGGGACCUUAACCAUUUUGGUGGCUGGUUUUGCAAAUACUGUCAGCAACCUGAUGAAGUUAUAAUGGAGUUGCAAGCACAAUCGCAAACUUCUUUAUCUGUUAUUCCUACACCACAAAAUUCUAUUGAAUUUCCUCAUAACCAACGUAAUUCUCACAUUGAUAUAGCGUAUCUUCAGCAACUCAUUGCGACGGGCGUGUAUUUAAGGGAUGGUAAAACGCAAUUAUUACGCGUCUACCGUUUUAGAGAUAAAUACUUUGCUCCUUCAUAUGUCAGUGAUCAAAGUUGGAAAUAUGGCCAUUUAUUAAUAAAUAUAUAUGAAUCUUUGGACGAUUUAUUGGCCGAUGACAAUGAAGUCGAAUCGUUCUAGCUGUGGUUUUAUAUCUUAUAUAUAUAUCUAUUUGGACCUGAGGUAAUAUUGAAUUUAUUCACUAUCAAUAAGUAGUAAGAAAUAAGCAGCGUCUAUUUAUGUCCGCUAAGAAGCUAAAUUUUCGAAUCAAAGAGAAACAUUGAAGUAGAUUUACUCAAAUUGCAAUAUCUCGGUAGCUAGGGGCACUAUGUUCUCUUUCUUCAAGAACAUUUCAUUUCGAUUUUCUUUUCGUUUAAAAAGUGCGAUUGCUGCGAUUCCAAGCGGAUAGUUAAUAAUUCUUAGGAUUGCAUGUGAAUACAUCGCUCCAUAAUAUUGCUUGUUUGUACAUACCAGAGGAUGAAUAUUGAAGCUGUCAUAUUUUCGUAAUAGAUAAAAAUCGGAGGCACUGCAAAAUCCAAUAUAGUAUACAAUCCCAGUUAGUGUGAGGUAAUCACUUUUGAUUGUCAUGAUUAAGCACUGUUAAAUUGGAACGAGGAUUUGUCCGCAAUUACUAGAAAAACUUUUUACCUUUAAAGUGCUGCCAAACUGUAUGAAUAUAUAUUAUAGUUAGAUAAAUAGCAUAUGCAUCUGCACUCCGUCUUGCAAUAAAGUCACCCAUUUAUAACCAUCAUUAAACACUCUGCAUCAUGCCACAGUUAUUUGUGUAACGAAUUUUCAAAAUGAACCAUUAUUUCUGAAGUGGUCCAAAAAAUUGGCCUGAUCGGAACUAGUGUUUGUCCUUGGACCAACUCCCGCUAGUCUACCAAAUUUCAAGGAAAGGUCUCUUAAAUUACGAGCUAUGGGGUGAAAAGUGGGAAACAAGACGGACAGUCAGAAAAUGAGAUUGAAUCGAUCGUUAUACCGAAAGGUUCUUUUUAUGCUCAUACACCGCACGUGGUGUGGAGUAUAAAAGUUAUGAUAAUCAUAAUAAUAUCUUAUUCGUUGUAUCUGGGAUAUGGUAAUUGUCGACUAACCCUUGAAUCAAGUUAGCUGCCUUUCGAGUUGGCUUAAUUUAGCACGGUUUUUCUAGACGAACUCGUACUAAUGAUUUCAAGAGAAUAUCUUUACCUCAUAUGUAUAUGUAUUUGAUAAAUUCGAUAUAAAUCUCUCAGAUAUCUUAAUCUGAAUUGUCAGUUAAUAUUAGGAUAAAUGUACAUGAUUCACUCUCGGGAUUGUCGUAUGAAAGUUGUGAUUAAACACAAUGAUUUAUAGUGCAUCUAAAAUCUUAAGCAAAUUUUACCCCGAGAUAGUUAAUAUCCAAGAUUUGAUCCAAUGCGAGCACAGCUUUUUUAUCUGGUAUUAUACGAAAGGUUCCUAAACAAAUUUUAUUUUACGCGUUUAAUAUUUAAACUUUAAUAGGUAAAGUAAUAAAAUGAAUACAGAAUUGCGUUGGAAAUAGGAUUAUAAUAGUGAAAAUGAAUGAACGAAGGCAAUUUGAAACUGCAGUAACAUCAUUUCAUCGGAAACAUAUAAAUAUAAAUCUCAUAUAAAUAAUUUAUUUAUCGUGCCUGCUCCCAAUUCUUAAAAUACAGGUAAAAUUUAUCAUCACAUCAAUUACUGUUUAUACAAAUUUUCGCUUUAUAAUCAGUGUCAGUGCUUUAGAAUCAUCAUCACAUAUCAUCUCUAUUAAAAAUUUCCCUCAAAUUGAGCAUAAGUGAAAAUGAUUUCAAAUAUAUAUAAAAAAAAAUAUAUAAAAAAAAAAAGAGGAAAAACAUAAUAACUAAAAAUAAUCUUUGUCUUUUCAAUUCGAUGUAACGAUUGAUUAUUGUCCUUAGUUAAGCUAAUUAGAGGCACAAGAAUCCUGUAAUCAACCUUGUUUCCUUCCUCCUUCGUAAUAUUAUUUCCCAUCAUCUCCUAGCUUUACAUUUUGGAUGAUUAAUGCUUCCCUAAUGUAUGUACAUAAUACUCAAUCGGUUUUAUAGAAUACUGAUAAACAAGUACUGUGAUAAAUAUUGACUGUAAAAAUUAAAAACACAAUAACACAAAUCCAUUAAUUUAAUAAUAACAUG